AUGAAUAGGCUCCGGAAAUUGCUGAUGCAAGAGGAAGAAGAUGCCAUUACAAGAAAUCGUCAAAGAGCCCUGGUGAUGCAGGCAGCUUCCUCUCAUAUCUUGAGGAUCCAAGAGGAAGAAUCACAGUGGGGUGGUUCACAGCCCGGGCGCCAGUACAUCGCAAGAGAUCGAGAAGCUAUGGAUCGACGACUGAAAGCUCUAUACUUCACUUCACCGUGCAGGUUCCAGGGCGAUAUAUUUCGCAGAAGGUACAGAAUGCGACCUCAUGUGUUUGACCAAAUGAUGCAUGAUGUUGCCAACCACGAUCCGUACUUUGUGCAAACUGAUGAUGCCUCCGGCAGAGUUGGUUUGUCUACCGAACAAAAGCUGACUUGUGCUAUGAGGAUGCUUGCUUACGGGCUUCCGGCCGACCUGUGUGAUGAGUUUCUAGACGUAGCUGAAUCUACAGCUUUGGAGAUCUUGUCGCACUUUACUAGAGCAAUCUGGAAUGUGUACCACGAUCAUUACCUUCGUCAACCAACUCCGGCAGAUUUGCAGCGGUUGCUCAAUGUUGCCGACAAAAGGGGGUUCCCCGGAAUGGUGGGAAGUCUCGAUUGUAUGCACUGGCAGUGGAAAAACUGCCCAACCUCAUGGCAAGGGCACUUCACUGGUUAUAAGGGAAAACCCACAAUCAUUCUGGAGGCGGUCGCAUCAUACGAUGCUUGGAUUUGGCACGCCUAUUUCGGACUUCCAGGUUCCCUUAAUGAUAUUAAUGUACUUGGAAUGUCUCCAUUAUUCAACGAAAUAUGCACAGGUGAGGCUCCUCGAGUUUCGUACCAUGUAGGUGAUAGAGAAUAUGGCCAAUGCUACUACCUAGUCGAUGGGAUCUAUCCUAAAUGGGGAUCUUUUGUGAAAGCAAUUAGAAAUCCAAUUACGCCAGAGCAAGCUCAUUUUACAAAGAUGCAGGAGUCUUACAGAAAAGACGUGGAGAGGGCUUUUGGCAUUCUCCAAGCUCGUUUUGCAAUAGUAAGAGGACCCGCCCGUGGAUGGGAUAGAGAGGAUCUAUCAUACAUCAUGAUGACCUGCAUUAUUUUGCACAACAUGAUUGUCGAUGAUGAGCGUGAAGAAGAUGAAGAGUCGUCUUUUGACCCCGAUGAUAUCCCCACCAGACCAAGGAAAGCACAAAUAUAUGAGAGGUAUGAGGAUGAUCAUGAGGUUGAGCGCAACCGUCCUGAACUUGAGGAGUUCCUGACCCGUUACCAGGGGGUUAGAUGUCCAAUUGUGCAUAGAGCCCUUCAAGGAGAUUUGGUUAAUCACCUCUGGAACAUGAAGCUGCAAGCAGAGCGGAACCGCAGAUGA